CUACAUGCCUGUCUUAGCUGAAUUCGAUUGAAACUUUGCUAAUAAAUUGAAUUAAAUUGCUUUCACAAAAUGACUUUGGAUAGGACACUGACGCUAAACUUGUGUUUGAUCGUAAUACUUGAUGUUGUCAUUGCCGUUCCUGAAACGAUUUCGGCUAAUCGUCGUAUUACGGAUCGCUUCCGCGUUGGCAAUAAAGAAUGUACGAACCCUAAGACAAGUAGAAGAAACCUUUGCCCGUGUCCUGCUUUAUUUGAACGUGAUGGUUUGUGUUUGUGCAUUAACAGUGCAGCUAACUUCUGGAACUCGUCUUCUGAAAGCCCCUUUACGACUGUAACGUUUGGAAAUUUCGGCAUUGAAAAAGCUCUCAUACAAGGAAGUAAUUGGGAUAGAGGCGCUAUAUCAAGCACUGCUGACAACUCGAAAGCGUUCCUCUUCAAUCCUUUGGACUACAGCGCAUGCAGCUACAUGUGGAAACAAACUUGGGCUAGUUUUCCUAAUAUUGAAAGAGACGAAGAAUUACUCUGGUUGAACAAAUCGUACGUUUCUUACAAAUCGCACGUUUUUCGUAAAAUAUACGAUAAUCCAUUACACGUCGAGUACGAAAACCCUGUAAUGGUACUAAAUGGAAUAAUGCAUGGUUAUGUUUCCCAGUGCCGCAUCAACUUCAGUUUUUCGGACUUAAACACUUCCUGCACGCCAGGUAUGCCAUGCUUACCAUUCAAGGUUUCUGGAAAAUGGUUUGAAUUAGAGCACAGGAGAACACCAUCAGUGUCAAAAAUAGUAUCGAUGUCAACAACGUCAUCAAUUUGGACAACGCCAUUUAUUUCGAUAACGACUUCAAAAUUGUCAACAAUGGCAUCAGUGCUGACAAUAGCGUCAAUGUUGACAAUGAGGUUAUCAUCUACAACAGCUUCAAAGUCGAGAACACCAUCAAUGUUGACUAUGACAUUACUGCUUACGUCGGCAUUAAUGUCGACAGCAAAUAUGGCAACAAAUGUAUCAACUCCAACACUCACAAUAUCAUUAAACCACUCGUCAACAAAUGUAUCAACUCCAACACCCUCAAGUUCAUUAAACCACUCGUCAACAAAUGUAACAACUCCAACACCCACAAGUUCAUUAAACCACUCGUCAACAAAUGUAACAACUCCAACACCCACAAGUUCAUUAAACCACUCGUCAACAAAUAUAUCAACUCCAACACCCACAAGUUCAUUAAACCACUCGUCAACAAAUGUAACAACUCCAACAUCCACAAGUUCAUUAAACCACUCGUCAACGAAUAUAUCAACUCCAACACCCACAAGCUCAUUAAACCACUCGUCAACAAAUGUAACAACUCCAACACCCACAAGUUCAUCAAACCACUCGGCAACAAAUACAUCAAAGCAAAUGUUGACAACGUCAUCAAACUCGACAACGCAGUUAACUAUGAGUGCACCAUCAAGUUCGACGGCAACAUCAAUAAUGUCAACAAUGACGUCAGGUUUGAUAAUAGCGUCAACAUCGACAACUGAAUCAAAGCCAACGACACAAUCAGGGUUGACAAUAUCACCAAUGUCGACAGAGUCAUUAAUGCCAACUACACAAUCACAUUCGACAAUCUCAUCCAUAUCAGUAACGCCACCAGUGUCACCAACAUUUUCGAAUGGGACAAAGUCAUCAAAUGACGAUGAAACCAUAAUCAUAAUUUCGAGUGUUUCUGCUGGGGCAGUUCUACUUAUUAUAAUUGUUGUUAUAUUUUGUUGCUUACACAGAAGAAGACAUGUUGAACGCCAGGGAAGCAGAGAAAGAAGUCACUUUAUUUCAGGAAGCUUCAAGCGCUCAGCAAGCACCUACGAAGGACCUCAGGCAUACACUAAUGACUUAUCACAUGGUUCCACCAGUACGUUUAAGGCUCCUUCAGAUAGCAUGCUUGCCAUGAACGAAAUCCAGUUGACAGAAGUCGAACCGGAGAUGCCCAGUGUAACAGAAAAGACCGUUGACGAGAUUAGCGAGCCUCCAAUUUAUGAUAAUGAAGGCAUAAUUGCAAACGAAAUUAUACCCAUUCCAGAGAAUCCUGAAGACAUAGAGCCGGACGUCUCCACCGCUAACGAGAAAUCGAUUUCUGUCGAUGAGGAUAAUUAUGCAGUACCAGAUAUUGGAGAUGCAAAAGUCAACAAUGUUGUCGAUGAUACCCUGUAUGCAACACCAGAUGCGACUACAAAGAAAGAGCUGGAUGAUCAAAACGAUCCAAACGUAAACCGGAUGCUUGUUAAUGGAUCUGCGUAUACGAUACCAGACAAGAGUUCAAUGAAAAUGAAACAUUUGAACAACGAUUCACCAUCGAACGCGACCAAAGAAGAUGUUGAAGCGAACGGAACGACAGAGGAAUCCUUGCAGGAACCACAAUACGCAAAUGUUGCUGACAUGUAGAAAAACUGAUUGCAAAGCAUAAAUCAUGGUCGGUGAUUUUUUUUUUUCAAAACAAAUGUGCCAGUGCAAAACUUGCUGUUAUAUUGCCGUUGUCUGAGAUUGAACCAUUAGCAACAAACGAAUAAAGCAAAGACGUGUUGCUGAUCAUCUCGAAUUUAUAUAAAAUAGGUAUAAGUAUCAUGCAUCAAACGUUAGAAUUUCCUUCGUGGAAAAGAAAUCACAAUUCAUUAAAAUAUUUUUAAUAGGUAAA